CUGAAAUAAAUGAUGAUGAUGGAUCUGUAAACUCUCUCGCUCAGCUCAGCAUUCUGACAAACACCUAAUCAGCAUUCACCACUAUCCCUCCGUCUCUCUCUCUCUCAAUCCAAUUCCAUAAACAUAAAAGUAAAGCUUUACUCGCCCCUUUUCCCUCUCUCUUACUCAUCGUCAUAUAUUGUGAUCUUAUGUCAUAUCCCAAACGUUUCGGAAGUAUCGCCCAAUCGAUCUCCGAUCGGGUGUCGCUUUCUAGAAGAACUACUUCUUUCCGCGAAACGCUGCCGUUUCAGAGAUCGGAGCUACUAUUCCCCUUCGGGCGGACAAAUGUGCUUCAAUUAGGGUAGCAGAUCACUGAUAUUCUUUGUUGAGAGAAACGGGGAAAAGGAAUAUGAAUCCCCUGUGCUGCAUUGCUCCGGUUUCAGUCGAUCGAGAUCGGGCUAAUCCGACCGUGGUGAAGUCGCAGAGCGACUCGUUAGGGGUGGGGAAUGCUGUGGCUGCAAAACCCCUGGGUUUUAACUCGAGGCAGAGUUUUUCUACUGCUCGGAUUUCGUCGGUGAAUGGGGAUUCCGAUUUACCUGCAAACUGUAAUAAUAAUGUCAGCAGUAAUAAUAACUCCGACGGUCUUGUUGAUCAAAAUGUGGGCGAAGGAAAGGAGGCAAAGGCAGUGUACAGUGGGAAUGUGAACGUGGCUGGGGUGUUGUACAAGUGGGUGAACUAUGGGAAGGGGUGGAGAGCUAGGUGGUUUGUGCUGGAAGAUGGCGUGCUGUCGUACUAUAAAGUUCACGGGCCGGAUAAGAUCGUGAUCAAUCCUGGGAGAGAGAAGGGCGCGAAGGUUAUUGGGGAGGAAUCCUGGAGGUAUAUGAGGAAAGCAAGUUGUAUUGGGGGUUAUCAGCAUCGAGUUAACCGGACUGUUAAACAGUGGAAACCCUUUGGUGAAGUGCAUUUGAAGGUGUCUUCUGUUCGAGCAAGCAAGUCAGAUGACAAAAGGCUUUCAAUAUUCACUGGAACAAAAACUCUCCACUUGCGUUGCCAGUCUAGAGAAGACCGAACUGCAUGGAUCGAGGCACUUCUGGUUGCUAAAGAUCAAUUCCCAAGAAUGUUGUCAAGUAGCGAUUUGGAAACUUCUGAAGAGUUUGUUGUCUCAACAGAGAAGCUACGAUCACGAUUACUACAAGAGGGUCUUGGUGAGGCAGUUGUUAAGGAUUGUGAGUCUAUUAUGCUUCAUGAAUUUAGUGAGCUGCAGAAUCAGUCGAAGGCUCUUCAACUUAAACAUAUUUUGCUGGUGGACAGGUUGAGACAGCUUGAGACUGAAAAGAUUGAGUUGGAAACAACUGUGGUUGAUGAAACCAAGGAGAGGGAUUCAUGUUGUGGAGGGAACAGAAGAUUCAGUGAUUUUUAUUCCAUCUUGUCGGAGGGGAGUGCAAGUGAUUCUGAUGCCGAUAACGAAAGCCGAGGUGGAGGAGAUAUUGAAACAGAUGAAGAAGGCAUGUAUUUUGACACAAAUGAUUUUAUGCCUGCUGAAUCUUUGAGAAGUGCUUCUUAUCGAAGUAGAGAGAAUACAGAAAAUGCAUGUAGCUCUUUUACAAAUGAAAAAGGCUCAUUCUUUUCUGAUCGUCUGAGGGGAGUUGAGAUAGAAAUUAAGGCAAUAGAAUAUCCAUAUGUCAGAAGACGGAAUAAUUUGCCAGAACCUAAGGAGAGAGAAAAGCCAGUUGGGUUAUGGUCAAUAAUCAAGGAUAAUAUUGGAAAGGAUCUGUCUGGAGUCUGCCUUCCAGUUUACUUCAAUGAGCCACUAUCUUCAUUGCAGAAAUGCUUUGAAGAUUUGGAGUACUCAUACUUGGUUGACCGUGCAUUGCAAUGGGGAAAGCAGGGGAAUGAUUUGAUGAGAAUAUUGAAUAUAGCAGCUUUUGCUGUUUCUGGCUAUGCUUCAACAGAGGGUAGGCAAUGCAAACCUUUCAAUCCUUUACUCGGGGAGACAUACGAGGCUGACUACCCAGAUAAAGGUCUACGUUUCUUCUCGGAAAAGGUUAGUCAUCAUCCAAUGGUUGUUGCUUGCCACUGUGAGGGCAGAGGAUGGAAAUUCUGGGCAGAUUCCAAUCUAAAAGGCAAGUUUUGGGGACGCUCGAUUCAGCUUGAUCCUGUGGGGAUUCUUAGCUUGCAGUUUGAAGAUGGCGAGACAUUUCAAUGGAGCAAGAUCACCACUUCCAUAUACAAUAUCAUAAUUGGUACAAUCUAUUGUGAUCACUAUGGUACCAUGCGCAUCAGGGGUAGCGGUAAAUAUUCUUGCAAGCUCAAAUUCAAGGAGCAGUCUAUCAUAGACCGUAAUCCACAUCAGGUUCAUGGAUUCGUGCAAGACAACAAAACAGGAGAGAAGGUGGCAAUGUUAUUGGGGAAGUGGGAUGAAGCGAUGUACUAUGUCUUGGGAGACCCCACUACAAAGCCUAAGGGAUAUGAUCCCAUGACAGAAGCCAUAUUGCUGUGGGAGAGGAACAAAUCUGUUACCAAGACAAGAUACAAUCUUACACCUUUUGCCAUAUCCUUAAAUGAAUUGACACCUGGCUUACCAGAGAAGCUUCCUCCAACUGAUUCGAGGCUGAGGCCAGAUCAACGGCAUUUAGAGAAUGGAGAGUAUGAGCUGGCAAAUUCUGAGAAGCUAAGACUUGAACAACUACAAAGACAGGCAAGAAAGCUGCAGGAGAGAGGUUGGCAGCCAAGAUGGUUCCAGAAGGAUGAGGACGGUUGUUACCACUAUGUUGGUGGAUAUUGGGAAGCAAGGGAGAAACGAAAUUGGGAAGGGAUCCCCAAUAUAUUUGGACAGAGAAAUGAUUUGUCCCCUCAUGUAAUAGAGUAAGCAGCUGUAAUGUUCGACAUCCGAUGUCUUCCCACAUUUGUAUUUUCCCUGUGGCCUUGUUGAAACUGGAAGCACAAGUUUUGCAAUCAACUGACAGAAACGCUAAUGUUGUGCUCUCUUCUCACGGCGAGAUGAUGCAUAUGAAUGUUUCAGCUCAUGUUUCCUAUCAUUUGGUGCUGAAUCUUGGUA